UCCCCGCCUCGUCUGCCGCCGCCGCCGCCGCCGCCGCCCGAGACUUCAGCAGAGCAGUUAUGGCGGACCCUGCAGCCCCCGCGCCAGCGGCUCCCGCUCCCGCCCAGGCCCCAGCUCCAGAGGCCGUCUCAGCCCGGGCCGAAGCCCCCGCCCCGACCCCUGCUCAGGACCAGGUUCCGGCGCCGGCGCCAGCCUCGGACUCGGCCUCCGCGCCGUCCUCAGACUCUGGCCCCGAAGCCGGCUCGCAGCGCCUGCUCUUCUCCCACGACCUGGUAUCCGGUCGUUACCGCGGCUCGGUGCACUUCGGGCUCGUGCGCCUUAUCCACGGCGAGGACUCGGACUCCGAGGGCGAGGAGGAGGGCCGCGGCAGCUCGGGCUGCUCGGAGGCCGGGGGCGCGGGCCACGAGGAGGGCCGGGCCAGCCCGCUGCGCCGCGGCUACGUGCGCGUCCAGUGGUACCCGGAGGGCGUCAAGCAGCACGUGAAGGAGACCAAGCUGAAACUAGAGGACCGUUCUGUGGUGCCCCGAGAUGUGGUCCGGCACAUGCGCUCCACUGACAGUCAGUGCGGCACAGUGAUAGAUGUGAACAUCGACUGCGCCGUCAAGCUCAUCGGCACCAACUGCAUCAUCUACCCUGUGAACAGCAAGGACCUGCAGCACAUCUGGCCCUUCAUGUAUGGGGACUACAUUGCCUAUGACUGCUGGCUGGGGAAGGUCUAUGACUUGAAGAAUCAGAUCAUCCUCAAGCUGUCGAAUGGCGCAAGGUGCUCCAUGAACACAGAAGAUGGUGCCAAGCUGUACGAUGUCUGCCCACACGUCAGUGACUCGGGUCUCUUCUUCGAUGAUUCCUAUGGUUUCUACCCGGGCCAGGUGCUCAUUGGCCCCGCCAAGAUCUUCUCCAGUGUCCAGUGGUUGUCAGGGGUCAAGCCUGUGCUCAGCACCAAGAGCAAGUUCCGUGUGGUGGUGGAGGAGGUGCAGGUUGUAGAACUGAAAGUCACAUGGAUUACCAAGAGUUUCUGUCCAGGGGGCACAGACAGUGUCAGCCCCCCACCCUCUGUCAUCACUCAGGAAAAUCUAUGCAGGGUGAAGCGUCUCGGAUGCUUUGACCAUGCUCAGCGGCAGCUGGGGGAGCGCUGUCUGUAUGUCUUCCCAGCCAAGGUAGAGCCAGCCAGGAUUGCCUGGGAAUGUCCAGAAAAACACUGCGCCCAGGGGGAGGGCUCUAUGGCCAAGAAGGUAAAGCGCCUGUUAAAGAAGCAGGUUGUGCGGAUCAUGUCUUGCUCCCCGGACACCCAGUGUUCCAGGGACCAUACUAUGGAGGACCCAGACAAGAAAGGGGACGCCAGGACCAAGAGUGAAACGGGGUCUGCCAGCCCGGAGGAGCCACCUGACGGGUCUGCCAGCCCUGUGGAGAUGCAGGAUGAAGGUCCUGAGGAGCCCCAUGAAACCGGCCAGCCACUGCCCCCCUUCCUGCUGAAGGAGGGUGGAGAUGAUGGGCUGCACACAGCAGAGCAGGAUGCAGAUGAUGAGGCUGCUGAUGACACCGAUGACACCAGCUCCGUGACCUCCUCCGCCAGCUCCACCACCUCCUCCCAGAGUGGCAGUGGCACAAGUCGCAAAAAGAGCAUCCCCCUGUCCAUCAAGAACCUAAAGCGAAAGCACAAGAGAAAGAAGAAUAAGAUCACUCGUGACUUCAAGCCAGGAGACAGGGUGGCAGUGGAGGUGGUGACCACGAUGACCUCUGCUGACGUGAUGUGGCAGGAUGGCUCUGUGGAGUGCAACAUCCGCUCCAAUGACCUGUUUCCUGUGCACCACCUGGACAACAACGAAUUCUGCCCAGGGGACUUUGUGGUGGAUAAGCGAGUUCAGAGCUGUCCAGACCCUGCUGUCUACGGUGUGGUGCAGUCUGGGGACCACAUUGGCCGCACCUGUAUGGUAAAGUGGUUCAAGCUGCGGCCAAGCGGGGACGAUGUGGAGCUCAUUGGAGAAGAGGAAGAUGUGAGCGUUUACGACAUUGCUGAUCACCCUGACUUUCGGUUCCGCACAACUGACAUUGUCAUUCGAAUUGGCAACACAGAGGAUGGGGCUCCACACAAAGAGGAUGAGCAGCCGUCAGUGGGUCAGGUGGCCCGCGUGGAUGUCAGCAGCAAGGUGGAGGUGGUGUGGGCUGACAACUCAAAGACCAUCAUCCUGCCCCAGCACUUGUACAACAUCGAGUCUGAGAUCGAGGAGUCAGACUAUGAUUCAGUGGAAGGCAGCACCAGUGGGGCAUCUUCAGACGAGUGGGAGGAUGACAGUGACAGCUGGGAGACAGACAACGGGCUGGUGGAAGAUGAGCACCCCAAAAUAGAGGAGCCCCCCAUCCUGCCCACUGAGCAGCUGCCAGCUCCUGAGGAGGACAAGGGAGUGGUGAUCAGUGAAGAGGCUGCUACCGCUGCCAUCCAGGGGGCUGUGGCCAUGGCUGCACCCAUGGCAGGGCUGAUGGAGAAGGCUGGCAAGGAUGGGCCCCCCAAAAGCUUCCGAGAGCUGAAGGAGGCCAUCAAGAUCCUGGAGAGCCUCAAGAACAUGACUGUGGAGCAGCUGCUGACGGGCUCUCCCACUUCCCCUACUGUGGAGCCUGAGAAGCCCACCAGAGAGAAGAAGUUUCUAGAUGAUAUCAAGAAGCUGCAGGAGAACCUCAAGAAGACCCUGGACAAUGUGGCCAUUGUGGAGGAGGAGAAGAUGGAGGCAGCACCCGACAUGGAGCGCAAAGAGGACAAGCCUGAGGGGCAUUCACCAGUGAAGGCUGAGUGGCCCAGCGAGACGCCUGUGCUCUGCCAGCAGUGUGGUGGCAAGCCUGGCGUCACCUUCACCAGCGCCAAGGGCGAGGUCUUCUCGGUGCUGGAGUUUGCACCCUCAAAUCACUCUUUUAAGAAAAUUGAGUUCCAGCCUCCAGAAGCCAAGAAGUUCUUCAGCACAGUGCGGAAGGAGAUGGCACUGCUGGCUACCUCACUGCCUGAUGGCAUCAUGGUCAAGACUUUUGAGGAUAGAAUGGACCUCUUCUCAGCUCUAAUCAAGGGCCCCACUCGAACCCCCUAUGAGGAUGGCCUCUACCUGUUUGACAUCCAGCUCCCCAACAUCUACCCGGCUGUGCCCCCCCAUUUUUGCUACCUCUCCCAGUGCAGUGGCCGCCUGAACCCCAACCUGUAUGACAACGGGAAAGUGUGUGUCAGCCUCCUGGGCACCUGGAUUGGAAAGGGGACAGAGAGGUGGACAAGUAAAUCCAGCCUACUCCAGGUGCUCAUCUCCAUCCAAGGUCUGAUCCUGGUGAAUGAACCUUAUUACAACGAAGCUGGCUUUGACAGUGACCGAGGCUUGCAGGAAGGCUAUGAGAACAGUCGCUGCUACAAUGAGAUGGCACUGAUCCGUGUGGUACAGUCCAUGACGCAGCUGGUUCGGCGGCCCCCUGAGGUCUUCGAGCAGGAGAUUCGGCAGCACUUCAGCAGUGGUGGCUGGCGGCUAGUAAACCGCAUUGAGUCCUGGUUGGAAACCCAUGCCCUGCUAGAGAGGGCCCAGGCGCUGCCCAAUGGGGUCGCCAAGGACAGCAGCUCACCAGAGCCAUCUGCUGUGGCCGAGCUCUCAGACUCUGGCCGAGAAGAACCUGAGGAUGGUGGGAUGGCCCCAGGAGAGGCUUCACAGGGCUCAGACUCAGAGGGUGGUGCCCAGGGCCUGGCCUCAACUAGCAGGGACCACACAGAUCAGACUUCGGAGAUGGUGCCUGACGCAUCCACACCACCCAGCGUCAAACCAAAGAAGCGGAGAAAGAGCUACCGGAGCUUCUUGCCUGAGAAGAGUGGCUACCCAGACAUCGGCUUUCCCCUCUUCCCACUCUCUAAGGGUUUCAUCAAGAGCAUCAGGGGUGUCCUGAUGCAGUUCCGGGCUGCCCUGUUGGAGGCAGGCAUGCCCGAAAGCACAGAGGACAAGUAGCCACCAGCCCUCAAGGAAGGAGCGUCACAGCGGGAGAGGCCACCGCUGCCUGCUCACUCCCUCCCCUGGAACCUCCCUUCCCAGCCGGGCCCCAGUUCGAGCUUCCCACUGCCCUCUUCUCCCCUAGGCAAGUUUGAUGCUGAAGUGCAAGAGGUGUCCCAAGAUGCUGCGUUUCUGUUCCGAAACAAUCUUUGAACAGGCAGGUACCCUGUGGCAAAGAAAACCGGAACCUAGUUGCAAUUUUCCGCUUGUCACCCCAGGCAGAAUGUCCCAACACUUGCUCUUUGCUGUCCUUUUCUCAGGUCAGAGGUGGGUGUUCCGGGGCCCUGCACAUGGGCAGGAGAGUGGAUGUGCCUUGCAUGAAGUAUGGGCUGCUCCUGCAGUGUCCCUGGUCCCUUUUAUCCUCUGCAGUUGGACUGUAGCUUCCCCACACCCCUACUGCCACCACCACUGGGUCCCCUCAGUCCCUAGGCGUGAACACUAUCCUGUGGGAGCUGUAGCUGCUAUGGCUGACUUCCAGCUCUGGCCUGUUUGCCACAUUAUAACCCUUAGGCCUUUGAACUUGCUCUCUACAAGAAGUCAGGAGCAGGCUAGGUUAGGUGGCCCUCACACCAACAUGGAGUCGAGGACAAGAAGCUGCUGGGAGAAGCAGCUGCAGGUGCCUUGCUCGCCUUUCCCACCCACAGCUGGUGGGGUGCUGGCAGCUCUGGCCCUGGCCAUGCCUGUGGGGACUUCCCAGACCACUGCUGCCUGUCCAGUCUGCUCUCCAGCAAGGAGGCAGGAGCACAGGCCAGGCAAGCACCAGGGCCUGUCCCAGCCAGUGGCCUCGGCAGUCCUGCAGUGUGUUGCACACCGCAGGCUCCGCCCAGAGCGGGGAGGCAGUAGCAGCAGGAGCUCAUCCCCACCCCCAUCUACCCAGAGACAGGCGCAGAGGUUUACAAGUUUUCUAGGCUUUUGAUAAUGUGAAGCUCCAGGUUAAGAGAAUGCCGUUGAGCACAUUGCAGCUAUGUAAUUUCUGGUGUAUGUAUGUAAUAUUUAAGGUUGGAAAAAUUCAAAAGCAAAGAUAUUAACUCUUAAUAGAAAAAAAA